AUGAAAUCUAAAUAAAAAUUAAUAACUGAAGAUCAUAAAUAAAUUGAUUCCCCAUUAACUGAAUCAUAAGAAUCAACAAAACUAAUUCACAAAAUAACAUUUAUGUUUUUAGGCGCUUCAUCAUUAAUAGGUUGGAACGCAGUUUUAACAGCAUUAGACUUCUUUUCAAAUCGUUAUCCAAAAAGCAAAGGAUAUGGCGACGUAUCAUUUUUAUUCCCUAUCCCAUUAUUUAUAGCUAAUUUUUUUUUCGGACUCUUAGUUCCUAAAUUAGCUGAUAUUUAUUCCCUAACAAUUAGAAUUUCUGGAUGUUUAAUAGGAGUAGCUAUUUUUAUGAUUUUUUUGCCAAUUUUAGCCCUUUUAUUACCCAAUAAUAUAGGCUAUUAUUUAUGCUUUUUAUGUACAUUUUUUUUAGGUAUGUUUAAUUCUAUAGCUUAAAAUUCAUCCAUAGCACUAGCUUCCAGUACUAAUUAAUAAUUAUUAGGUGUUUUUUGGACUUUUACGGGAGUUUCCGGAUUUUCUAUGAAUGUGUCUAGAGCUUUUGUUUUUUUAAUUUUUGGAGCUAAUUCAUAUAAUUCGAGUACCUAUGGAACUAUAAUUUAUUUCAUAUUGGCUGUUGUGAUUACCAUAAUAACAAUUUUCUUAUAAAUAAAUUUCAUAAAAAGUGAAUAUUAUUAGGAAAUAUAAAUAAGAGAUUAAAAUAAUUUACUUAAUAAAAAUACUGAUGGAUCUGCUGUUUCUGAUAAUAAUAUCAGCAUAUAAAAUGAAGAAAAACCAGGAAUUUUAGGAUAUAUAGCAAUAUUAAUGUAAGGAUUUUAAAAAGCAGGACUUGCUCCAGUAUUUAUUUGGUUUAUUUAUAUAUAAACUUUUAUGCUGUUUCCAGGUGUUUCUGUUUUUUAGAAAAAAUUUCAUUAAUUGCCUGAUGGAUGGCAAGCAUUGAUUUUAAUUACUAUUUAUAAUUUUGGAGAUGUUACUGGAAAAUAUGUUGGUUCUUUUAAAAUUUUCGGAUUAAUUUUUAUGUAUUUAACUGUAAUGGGAAGAUUUGUAUUCUAUUUAACAUUCCUUUUGACUGUCCAUUAGUUAGGAAAUGCGUUUUUAUAACAUGAUGCUUUUGCCUGUGUUAAUAUGUACUUGUUCUCCUUUAGUAAUGGAUUCGCUACUUCUGGUUUAAUGAGAUUAGCUCCAGAAAAGGCUAAAGUUUCUAAAGAUAGAGAUUUAAUUGCUUUUAUUUGCGCUUUUGGUUUAACUUUUGGAAUUAUGACUGGACAACUUUUGGCACUUACAUUAGAUUAACAAAAUUGAAAAAUAUAUAUAAGCUUUUUCAUUUGUUUAUGUAUAUUUUUUUAAAAAAAG